CGCGUCGUAAGGUCGCGCUCAAGUCGCGCUGCCGUUUCGAUUUGUAUUGUGUCUGCGGCUGCGCACCCGUCUCAGUUUGAUGAUCAGCGGUGUGCGUUUACAGUUUCUAUUUUCUGUUACAUAUACAAGAAUCCAGAGGACUUAAGAACAAGUUCUGUGGAUAAACUGCUGCAAUGUUUUCAAAAGCACCAGUGAAGAGGUUUAAUGAUGAAGUUGGCUGCGCUCCGGCGCCCACCCAGUACGAGCCGCGCGGCCAGAGCUCGGCGGCUGGCGCCUUCUCCAUGCCAAAGUCGAACCGUUUCGUGGAGCCCAAGUUCGUGCCGCCGGCGCCCAACCAGUACCAGGACCCGCGACUGCCGCCGACGCCCAGCAAACGGGCGGGCGGAUCCUCGGUCCUGAGACGCACGGGCUCUGUGCGUCGCCACCAGUCGGUUCAGUCGAACGGUCAGACCAGCCAGCUGUCCCAGCCGAGCUUCAACUCGUCACAGCGCUCCGACGGCGGCAGCAGCUCGCCGGUCCAACAGCUGGAGGCUGAGGUGGCGGAGCUGCGCACUCGGAACGCCGCCCUGUUGGACACCAUCAGUCAGCUGACAGCGUCGAUGGUGACGCACCCGGUGGGAUCGGACGGCGUCAUCCUGUCUGCGAUCGGCGGUGGCGCCGUGCCGUCCCCCGUCGGCACGGGUGCUGAGAGCGGCGAACGGCCGGCGGCGGACGCGCAGACCGCGGCGGAGACGGCCUUGGACACAGAGAAGGCGGCGGCGGCCUGCGUGUCAGACCUAGUGGCUGAGGUGGAGCGUCAGGAGCGCGAAGCAUGCCGCUGCCGUGAGGUGGAGUCCCGUCUGACAGCUCUGGACGAGCAGGAGCGGGCGGCACGCGGGCAGCUGCUGGCUGUCUGUGACGACCUGGAGCGGCUGGACGGCUGGGCCGGCCGGCUGGAGCGCUACCAGCAGACAGCUGAAGAGGAGGCCCGCCGCCGGCUGCAGCUCGAACAGCAGGUGAUGGUGCUGAAACGCACCGCCGAGAGCCAGACCCUGCGUAUGAAGGAGCUGGAGCUGCUGCUGCAGGUGGCGCGGGAGAGUGAGGUGGACGCCCACGAGGACGCCUGCCGUCUGUCCGACCGACUCUCGGUGCUGGAGACCGACCUGGCGGACAGUCAGCGGCAACGCCACGCCCUCGAGGAGACGCGCGAUGACCUGCUCAACCAGCUGACCGACACAGUCGAGCGGCUCAAUGAGGGACGCGCUCAGCGUGAGCACAGUCAGCGCGAGGCUCUGCUGCUGCGCCGCCGCUGUGACGCCCUAGACGCCGAUCUGCAGCGCACCUCGCACCAAAUCACGAGCAGAGAGCGGGAGGCGGCCGCUCUGCGAGACAAGUUGGACGCCGAACGUCAGCGCAGCCGUGAGGCUGAGGAGCGUGAGGGCGAGGGCCGACAGAGGGCUGAGCAGACGGAGGCGCAGCUGGCAGAGGCUCGCGCCCAGCUGGAGGCGGCCCAGGCGGAGCGUUCCGAGGCCGAGCUGCAGCUGGCGGCGCUCGACGGCAGUCUGGCUGCGCUCGGACAGGAGCGUGACGAGCUGGCGGCGGCGCGCGCCGAGCUGCACCGCCAGCUGGCUGAACGGGACGCCGAGCAGCAGCGCAGCCAGGCGGCCGCCGAGGAGCUGCGGGCCCAGCGCACUGACUUGGAGACGCGGCUGGCGAAGCUCGGUGCCGAGGCGGAGCGGUCGGCGCUGGCGGCCGCCGCGCUGGUUGACGAGCGAGCCACCGUGCAGCGGGAACUGGCUGAGACGCGCGGCCAGCUGGGACGGGUGGCGGACCAGCUGAGCGGCGAGACGGAGCGCGCCGAGACGCUUCGCUCGGAGCUGUGGUACGCCGGCCUGCAGCGGCGGCUGACGGCUGAGGACGCCGCCGAGCUCAGCGAGACGGUGGCUCAGAAGGAGCGCGCCAUCCGGCGGCUGGACGCGGCGCGCCGAGACAAGGAGGCUCGACUGGAGAAGAUGGCGCGCCGGACCGACGAAAUGGCCGCCGCCAUCCAGGAGGCGUCCCGAGAGCUGGAGCACGUGCGAUCGGAGGUGCAAGCGGAGCGGAUGCGCGCCGAAGAACUGGCGCUGCUGGACGGUGGCAGGAAAGAGAUGCUUGCCCUGCUCGAGCGUGAGAAGGUUGCGUUAACUCUCUCGGUGGCCGAGCGCCAGGCCGAACUGGACGAUGCUCGCUGCGAGCUGGACGCGGCCCGAGCAGAGCUGGCGCGCACUGUACGCAUCGCAGAUGAGCGCGCGGCGCGGCUUCAGGAGGAGCUGGAAACGGCUGAGACGCGUCGCCACACCGCCGAAGCUCUUCUGGAGGAGGCUCGCGCUGAGCUGCAAGAGAGCUCCGAGAGCGUGGCUCGCCGGACGGCCGAGGUAGAGGCACUGAGCGGCACUGUGGCAGAGCAUGAGGAACAGCUAAGGAACAAAAACGACCAGCUCAGUGGCCUCAAGACUGAGAUAUGCGAGAAGGAGGACGUGAUUGCCGUGCUUGAGGCCCGAGUUCAGAACCUGGAGGCUGACGACAGUCGAAACAGAGCCGAACUGGAGCAACUGCGAGAGUCUGAUCGGACCCUGACAGAGACGGUGGAUGGCCUCCGUAGCGAGGCGGCGGCGCGGGCUGAGGAACUGGCCGUGGCCACCGCCGCGUUGGCGGAGAAAGAGGUGGGUCUGCGGGAGCUCUGCUCCGCUCGCGAUGAGCAGGAGGCGGCGCUGACGGAACUGCGGAGCGAGCUGGAACAACAGCGUGCCGCCCUGGCCGACCGAGAGGAUGCUCUAGCCUCCGCCACUGCCGAGACAGGCCGUCUGCAGCAGCGCUGUGAGGAGCUGGAGGAGGCCGGUGCUGCGGCGCGCCUGGAGCUGACUCAGCUCCGUGGGGAGAACGCUGCGCUGCAGACCGCCCUGAACGAACGCGAGGACCGGCUGGUUGAGGCGCGCCGUCAAGUGACCGACCUGCGCGCCCAGAACACGGACCUAGCCCGGGUCUGUGACGAGUCCCGAGAGCAGCUGGAGACGAGGGCGGCCGAACUGCGGCGCACCGCUGACGAGCUGGUCAAGCGGGAGACUGAGCUGACGCAGCGUCAGCAGGAGGUCGACCGGCUGAAGAAGCUGAACGCCGAGGCGGUUCAGUCGCACAAGCAGGCCGAGGCGCUGGUGCAGAGCGUGCGGGAGAACAUGGAGGAGAUGAAGUCGCUGUAUGAGGAAAUCAUUGAUGAGAAAGACUCGAACGCGGCGGAUCUGAAAGAGCAGCUGGACGCCGAGGUGGCUGCCAGGAAGGAAGAGGCUACAGAAGCGCUGGCGGCGCGGGAGGAGAUUGCUACUAGGCUGGAGAAAGCUGAGGCAGCGAGACGGGAAACCGCAGAGGAGUGCACCAUUCUGCGCAACGAAAUUAAACUGACCAGCUCUUCGAUCGAGUACCUGGAAGCUGAGCGAGAGAAGGCGAUCGCCGCGAAUGCCGAGGUAACCCGUGACCUGCAAGACCAGCUGGCCACUGCCGAGGCUGCGGCUGUCGAGCAGAAGUCGCGCGCGACCGAGGCGCUGAAGCGGGCUGCCACCCAGCAGGAGGAGGCUCGCGUGGCGCGUCUGCUGGUGUCGGAGGAGCAGCGUCACGCCGCCUCCGUCCUGGCGGAGCGGGACGAGUGGCGCGCGCGUGCCGAGACGGCUGAGGCGGGCAGGAAGACGGCUGACGCCGAGCUGACAGCCGUGCGGGAGGAGAGGGACAAAGUAGAGGAGGCGCGGCGCGCCGCUGACACCGCCCGCACCGAGCUGGAGUCGAGGCUCGCGCAGAUGGAGGCGAGCCACGAGAGUGACCUCUCCCAGCUGUACGACAACUUUGCCGACAUGCGCCAGAAGCUGCAGCAGGCGUACCGACAGGACGCAGCGCUGCGCGAGGCGGCCCAGGAGGUCCCUCGCCUGCAGGAGGCGCUGCGUAAGGCUGAGGGAGAGGUGCGCGCGCAGGCUGAGGCGCGAGCCGAGGCCGAGAACCGUCUGCAAGAGCAGCAGGACCAGAGCGAGUGGAAGGACAAGUACGAGAAGCUAUUCGCGCUGGUGGAGCCGUUCCAGACUCAGCUGGAGCUGUACCGCGCCGAGCGGCGCUGUCUGCUGGAGCAGUCGGAGGGCACCCGCGCCGAACUGGAGCGCCUGGCCGGCCAGUACUCCCAGCUGCUCGGACACCAGAAUAAGAAGCAGAAGAUCCAUCACAUCAUGCAGCUCAAGGAGGAGAACCUGCAGCUCAAGAAGAGUCUGGCCACGGCCGAGAAGAAGGUGCAGCGGCAGCGGGUGCUGGUCAAACAGCUGGAGGACCGGCUGCACGGCGACCAGAACUCCACCCUGCUCAACGCCACCGUCAGCUCAAAGUCCAAGACGCGAGCCGCCAGCUACGACGUGCUGUCGCGCACAGUGGCGGACCCGCAGCAUAUGAAGGAUGGCCUCUCGCUUCUCGCGGUCACCCCCCUGAAGGAGAACUCCACCAACCGCGCCAUGGGCUCCCCAGUCGCGGCCAGCUCGUCGCUCAAGUCAGCUCGUGGCUCGCUCAAGUUUACCUAAGCUCGUCUUCCCAGCUCAAUAUCCGCGUUGCCCAUUGCCCACUGCAGCAGACUGCUGUCUCGCAUUAGCAGAAGUAAGGUGAGGAUUUGGACGGAGUCAAACGUGUCAAACUCACUUCAAGUGGGACAAAGUGAUUAAUGCCAUGUGUACCGAUGAGUGUGCGUGCGUUACUGUGAAUGAGUGCGUCCAACGUGGGAUAGUGUAGUCGAGCGUGCGGUCUUCCUCGUCUUUUCUGUCGUCUUCCGUCGCUCUUCCUGUAUUGUGAGUGUGCGGUUUUAUCGAAGAAAAACCACUCAUUAUUUUUUGGUUAAUCCCUAUAAUUUGGGACCCGGCCACGAUUUUUCAUGUGAUCUCACUUAUAACAAGCUGGCUUUGUGUAAGCUUCGCCUUGUUUGAAAUGUUGACCUACAGAAAAUCAUUCAUAACGGUUUAAGAUUUCACGGUUUUAAUUCACGACUUCACGGUUCUAGAUUUAGGAAAUAACGCGUGCGGCAUGAGUGUAAUGAUCAUCACAGCCAAUGUAAACGCACCAAAAAGUGGUUUGUUUUAGCCCGAGGGAAGUGACGGUAAACUAGUAAACCGAUAGAUUCAUUCAUAGAAGAAAAUAAACGUCUGUUGACAAUAAAUAAAUUUGGAUGAA